AUGCGUCUCGAACCUAUUUCAGAAAAUUCGAAGGCUAUCGUCGAUACUAUACGCGAUCUUAUCGCAAGGGGAGUGACAAAGUAUUCGAAUAAAAGUAGCGAACUACCGCCUGACACGUGUUGCUAUAUCGAGAACACACCGACGCUCUCUGGUACAGGGAUUGAUGUUAUUUUCGUCGCGUUUGAGGCGGAGAAGAAUGAUCUAUGA